CCGGAGGAGGAGAGAAAGGGUGAAAGGGAGAAAAAAAAAAAAUCAGAAAAUGCCAGCGAAGACGAAGAUGAACCAGCUCUCCCUGGAGGAGUACCUGGACUUCCUCCACUCGCAGAAACGAUCCGACCUCACCGUCAACUCUCUCAACCAGAUUAUCCAGAUGCACGGAUUUAGGAAGAUCCACAGCCACCCCAAGAGAGUGCUGCUGGAUGCUGUGGAAGCGAUCGAGCUCAUGGAUCCUUCGCGAUCCACGCUGGACGAGAACAUUUCGUCCCACGACGUGCAGCUUUCUCUGGCGGAAGCGAUCGCCGACAUUGACGAGCUCAGAUGGCACGAGUGCGUCAUCACCUCCGUCGAGAACGUCGGCAAAGAGAACCGUCCAUCGGCGAGCAGUGCCUCCAAACGCCAGGGGAGGCCGAAGAAAGCAGUCGGUGGCACGUCCCAUUGUAAAAGAACUGCUUCGUCGGGCUCGGAGACGAGCGGCGGUGCGAGAGAAAAUGCUCCGAAGAGGAAGGCUCUGAAAGAGGCGAAUGCUGGUGGUUCCACCAGCGGCGGCGAUGGUGACUGCUCCUGGUCGAAUCAGCUGGAGGUCGGAAUCCGUCGGUGACAGGUGAUUCUUUAUUCUUUGGCUACGUUUUGGCUUUGGUUUCUGCGUUGCCGCGACAAUCACAACCGCAUUCGGAGCAAUCUUUUUCAUGUUUUUGCAGUUCUGCAAGGACUGAGGCUGGAAUUUGGGCGCAUCAACAACGCAGUCGCUUCACUGCUCGGUUCUCUGAUUGAAAAGCUUGCAUGAC